AACAUUUUAGAAGUUUUUUUUUUUGUUUCUUUUUAUAUAUUGUUAUCACCUUUCUACUUGAACCGGGUGAAAGACAGGCUCAAACAAAAGAAAAUUGAUCUUCACUUCACAAAAGAGGCUGUUCAACUUCUGGGGACUUUGGGUUUUGAGCCCAACUUUGGAGCAAGGCCGGUUAAGAGAGUGAUCCAGCAAAUGGUUGAGAAUGAAAUUGCAGUGGGAGUUUUGAGAGGAGAUUUUAAGGAGGAAGACUCCCUCCUUGUUGAUGUUGAGGCGUCACCUUCAUCUAAAGACCUCACUCCCCACAGCAGAUUGCGGAUCAAGAAAUUAGAGAACAGUUCUCCAUUGGAUGCCAUGGUAGCAAAUAACUGACAUUGCAUUUUGGGGCUGUCACUUGCACGUAUGGGUCAUAAUAAAUGGUUGUCUGGUUAUUUUGUUAUCGAUGAUAGAUAAUUUCCUUCCAGGAAUUUCCUCAGAAAAUACAUAGUUAGUGGUCGUGGUAAAACAACUCAACUUCUCAAGGUACAUUUCUAGUAAUAACAUAGUUACCAUUUUGUUUCAUUUGUAAAUACCUCUGCUAAAACAUACAACAUGUUUCUGGUCUCUGAAAUACUUGAAAGAGUUUGUGUCAUCAUUCAUUCAUUCUUUUUUUUUUCUUUGGCAUACAGGGAUUUCUUUGUAGUAUGUUUUAAAAAAGAGAAAACAUGUAU